AUGGGGAGGGAGGGGGUGUGGGAAACGUACCGCUCUGAUCACGCCCUGGGCAGCUGCGAGGGGCGGGGGCCCAGACAGCCAGGCCACCGCAGGAGCAGCCCCGAGGGGCCGCACAGACGCCAAGCCCCAGGCUCUUAUCUGGCAUCAGAAGCCGGCCAGUGUUCCUCGUCCCGACAGACUGUCCGGCCUGCCCGCGAAGUCCUGUCCCUCGGCUGCCGGCGCUCUGUUGGGAAACCGCAGGCUGGGCCUCUGAGGACACAGAUCAGAGAAAACUCUCCUCCUCUGCUCGGGACACUGGCGUAA